CAGCUGCGAGCUACCCUGCGAGCUCAAGAUCCUCAUGGCAACAUGGUCCGAAGUGGGAGAGUACUACAUCGUAGGGACUACGAUGUACCCUUUGUCAACUCUGUAUGGCAUAUGGACGGGCAACACAAGUUGAUCAACUGGAAGUUCGUUAUACACGGUGCUGUCGACGGCAAGAGUCGAUUG